CACACAGUGCCCGGAGCCCAGACAGCCGGCUCCCCAGGGCUGACCCUACCCCAGGCCGGGGCCCGGCUUACCUGUGAUCCAGCGGACGCAGCGCUUCCCGGCCCCGAUCUACAGCCACCCGCUCGGGAGUCCCAGGCGCCGGAAGUCCGUUGUAGGAAGUGUCCACCGUCCUAAAGCAGAAACAGGCGUUGCCCGGAACCAGUCCGACGGGUUUACCUUUCGAGGGGCGGGGCUAUGACACACCAACACACACACUGUGCGAACAGUCACUGGGCUGAUGGGAAUGGAAGUCGCUCGCCCUACUCGGUGCGCUGGGCUUGACGCGAUGCGGAACUAACCCUCCCAGAAUCCUUUGCGAACCCCGAGCCUGUCAUAACAAACAGAACGCUUGUCAAAUGGCGAGCAGGAGUGGCUGAAGUACGGGCCAAUCGGAAAGGGCGUAAAUUGGUAGCUGUGCGCUGAUUGGCUGCGAGGACAGAACGUGCCUGGCGCCUGGGUUAGCCUGCUGGUGAAAAGAGAGGUUGAGCCUGCAGUCAGCUGAAGCAGGAGGAGCUGCAGUAUCUCUGGAGCUGGAGCAGUGAGGUUUGGUCCUGAGGUAAGGCAGGAGAUGCUCCCAGUAUUCCCAAUGCAUCCCAGUGACUGGCUGGCAUACAUAGUGACUGGGGUGGGCUGCCAGUCAUUCUCCAAUAAUGGCACCAUGUCUUUAUCAGGGUCAUUAUUGCUGCCUGUCUUAAACCUCUGGGUUUGUUUACAGUAUUUUCAUGCUGUCUCCAUGGCUAUUUCAAGGAGCUGGAAAACAAGAACACACCUGAUACCAGCAUUGGCUUUUUUUAAUAUAUUUUUUAUUUAUUUUUUGUGGUUGCAUGACAGUCACAUCUUACAGUUAUUAAGGCUUCUCCUAUUCCACCUGCUGUGAUCUAUUUUUCUAUAUCUAAGGAUGAUGGGAGUGUUGGUCCAAAUACUUAUUGUCUUUAUAUGAGCACAAUGGGGUUCAGCUUUGAUAAUCUAAUAUGAAUGCUUUAUGUCAAUGUGAAUUUCUUGUGUAAGUUACCAUGUAUUGACCAGGCAAUGGCCAAAUGGUAGAUUCCUCAGCUACUGUAGCACUACGACUCCCACGAUGCUUUGCCACUUUUCAGGGUGGCAAAAUAUCAUGGGAGUUGUAGUUAUUGCAACUGCUGUGUAAUCUCUGUUGUCCAUUUCUGGUGUAGAUAUUCCCAGCCAUGAUGAAAUAGUUACAGUUUCUGCCAUACCUGUAAAACUGGUAUUCUGUGUAAAUGCUUUCUAUCAUGGUGUCCAGUUACCACUUUCGAUUUCUGGAGAAAUUUUGAGAGAACCUAUUUUACAAAGCUGAAGAUACAUGUCCUUCAAGUUCAGUCCAUCUCACAUCUAGUAGUAAGCUGACUGUUUUCCCUCAGUCGUCUUGAAGGCAAGAGGUUGAUAUUUGAGUUAGCAUGGCAUCUAGUUCAGAUGGAAAGAGCAGAUAUAUCUUCUGUUUGUUCUACUCUGGAAUUUCUGCAUGUUAAAAGAUAAACACAUGCUGUCCUGGCUCUAGCCAUGGUAUCGAGUUUUGGCACAGUCAAUAACAUAUUUGCUAAAUUGUGUAAACAAUUUUGUUCCAUUACACUUGUGUUAAAUGGAUAGUAAAAUUCUUUUACCAACAGAAUCUUUUUUAAAUAAACAUUACAGUAUGAGAGAUUUACAAAGUGUGUGUGUGUGUAUAUGUGUGUGUAUGUAUGUAUGUAUGUGUGUAUAUAUAUAUAUAUAUUGUAUGUAUUUGGUUAUUCAAAACUAUUACAUAUUGGAAGGCAGCAAUAGCUCAAAAUAAAAUUGCAACAUUGUCCAGGUUAUUCACUAAGUGAGUUGUCCUAUAUUUCUCAGGGGUGCACAAUUUUAAGGGCACAAUAACUCUACUGGAAAUAUAUUUGAGUUUGAGAAUUUUUCCAAUUACUUUGGCCGAAAAUGUGUAAUUCUUUGGAUUACACCUGACCAUUACUGAUAUUGUGAAUAACCCUGCAAAUGUUGCCAUUAUGCACUAUUUCAUCAUCACUUAUUGUAUGCUGCAGAAACUACAGAGGGAAUGAGCAAUGCUUACUGAGUAAUAACGAAACUAACUUUUUAUGUUAUACGUACUUUUAUAUUUGUGUGGGGUGUUUUUUUUUAUUUUUUUUUUUUUUUUAUAUAAAUAAGAAGUAUGAAGCACUGACAUAUUCUGUUUUAUAGCUGAGUGCUUGUUAGUGUUUCAAAUGUGCAUAUGUUUUACCCCAAAAUGUGUGGGUUGUUCCGUAAAACAAGAAUUUUUGAAGACUUCAAAGGGAGGACACACUGUCAAUCUUGGUUUGGCAGUACGGCCUAAAAUGUUGUAUUCCUGACAACAACCAGGAUUCCUUUAUUACAUUAUUCACUUAAGAACUCUUUCAUCAGUGUUGCUUACAUAAUUACACAGGCUGAAAGGAGAUGUGUCCAUAAAGUUCAGUGUUCCUCACACCAUUUUAUUUAAAAAAAAAAAAAAUGUUUUUGCUGUUGAUCCAAAAGAAAGGGAGGGGGGAGAGGGGGGGGGGGCACAGUUUGAGGCACUUCAGAUUUUGCAACAAACUAGAGGGGGGAAACAGAAUGGCAGUCAGAUUUAUCCUUGGAUCACCCUACAGUUGAAAAAUUUUUUGUUACAAGUUUUAUUUUCCAACACACUUUUAUUUUGUGUGGUGGGUUUUGGGAUUUUAAAUUUUUAUAUUUUUAUUUUUUUUAUUUUUUUUCAUCUAAGAUUGGUUCUGUAUGGGGAAUAAUAGCAUUCCUAAUAUUCUUUAUUUUGUGGGAGAAAAGAUAAAUACAAAUGAUGUAUUUGCUUGUUUUGAUAUGAUACAAAUAGUUUUAAUUUGUUUCGAACUGUCACUUCCCAUGAUUUUUUUUUUUUUCUGUUCUUAUAUUCCCAAGUAUCAGGGUCAUUUGCUAAAUUGGAAUUGUCAGGAAUUUAAAGUGAAUUUCAAAUGUACGGCCAAAAUAGCUGAAUUGGCAAAAUUUUCCAAGCCUGCUACGCUUCCAGUUCAGCUAUUUUGGUUUGAAAUAUAAAAUUCAAGUUGAACUACUGAAAUUCUCACUUUAUUAAAUAAUCCUGAAAGUGUUUGAGGUGUGCAAAAUGCAUAUUUAAGGCUAAAUGUAGCCAAACACCUGGUGAAAUUUAGCUAGCUCUACUGUUUUGAUGCUAGAAAAACAAAUUGUUCUUACUGCAAUUUCUUUUAGAUGAGAGAUCUGCUUGUUCUUUAAAUCAAUAUCUAUCAACAGUCCAGAAUUGAAGAUAUUCCAAAUGAUGCAUACAUCCUAGGAGAGGAAGUCUUAAUUUUAUACCUAAUCUCACAAUCCCUCUCUUCUAGAGCUACACGUUUUUAAUAUGUAUGCUUAUCUAACAGAGCUUCACUGUAAUUAUCACAGUAAUGUGUCUUUUUAAAGUUACACUUCAUUGUGAAUUUAUAAAAAAAAAGAAAAAAAACCACAAUGAAGUGUAACUUUAAGUGUGUGUCAGGCGGUCCGUCACAGGCCAAAAGGUCCUCCCACGGGUUACCAUGUCAACGCUCUGAGGAUAUCGCAGAAGGACUGAACUCUGUCUGCAGGCAGAGUAGUACUGCUCAUCUCCACCAGGGCAAUGUCCCCCCUCCCUGAGGGAGAGGGGACAUAUACUGUGGGGUACAUACCGUGGUCGCAGGGUUUGCAGCUGCGACCGGGCCUGUCACUCCAGGUGUCCCGGCAGCCCUGCGAACCCUCGCGACCGAGUACCAGCUGCCACGUUUUGCAGCCCUGGCCCGUGCGGCGGGCUGCAUGUUAAGGGGUUCAUCGGGUGGCCCAUGCUGUCAGGGCCACCCAAUGGAUAUGGAUUGUCAGAGGGCCCGGUCUGCGCUGGGCGCUUUAACAGGGCGACCGGGCCCCCUGGGAUGACAUCACUGCUGGGAGGAGGUCACUCCUCCAGCAUACAGCGAGCCCGCGCAGGAGGAAGGAGCAGGGAGUCAGAGUGGGAACUCUGACUCCCAUCAGGCUGAGCCCCCAUUGGACCCCAGGGAAAGUCACAAAAGGCAGGAAACAUUUUGUGUGUGUCUGUGUCUCUGUAUGUGUCUAUCGGGGGUCUAUGUGUGUGUGUGUUGGGGAGGGAAGGAGAGAGGCUAUGGAUUGUGUGUACACCACUGGACAUAUAGUUUAUUUAUACCUUUUUUUUUUAAUUGUAAUAAAAUGUUUUGUUUUUGAUGAAUACUCCUAUUCACCUCCUCUCCCUUCCCCCGCCAUAUAGGGGACACACAUACACACCGCCCUCUCUCACACACACUGCAAUGGGGGGCGGAAAAAAAUGUAUCUGCCUGUUUUUUUUUGUUUUUUGGUUUUUUUUUAGAGCAGAUACCGAUAUUCUGUGAACUUUCAGGCCAAUAGCCGAUAUAAUUUGCCGAUAUUCUGUACAUUUACCAUUUUGGAAAAUAAAAACAAUUUCUAAAGGUAAAUGCACAAAAUAUGCAUGCCACGUGUAGUGGAUGCAGUGUGACAGGGGAGCUGUGUGUGUUUGUGUAGUGUGUUUGUGUAGUGUGUGGAGGAUGCAAUGUGUGUUUGUGUAGUGGAUGCAGUGUGUAUUAGUGUAGUGUGUAUAUAAUGAAAGCAGAGUGUUUGUUUGUGUAGUGUGCGUAAAGUGAAUGCUGUAUAUACUAAAUGCAAAGUGUGUAUUUGUGUAGUGUGUGUGUGUGUGUGUAUAGUGAAUGUAGUGUGUUUAUAUAAUGCAGAGUGUGUGUAUAUAAUGCAGUGUUUGUGUAGUGUGCAUUAUAUAAACACACUGCAUUGUAUAAACACUACACAAACACACUGCAUUAUAUACACUGUGUGUAUAUAAUGCAGUGUGUGUGUAUAAUGCAGUGUGUAUUUGUGUGCAUUGUAUACACACUAUACAAACACACUGCAUUAUAUACACAGUGUGUUUGUGUAGUGUGUAUAUAAUGGAGUGUUUGAGGGGGCAUUUUGUAUUAAAUUAUUUAUUUUUGUUGUCCCCCCUCCCUGCUUGUGCCUGGCCAGGGAGGGGGGAUAUAGCAGUCCCUGGUGGUCCAGUGGUAUUGGCUGAGCUGGGGAGGGGGGGGGGCGGAGAGCGGAGAGAAAGUGCUUACUCACCUCCCAGCAGCUCCCCAGUGUAACUCUCGCGGAGAGUUGCCACUGUGAUCCAUGGCAACGCUCUGACGGCCGCGGGUCUCGCGAGAGUUACACUGGGGAGCUGGAGGAGCUGCUGGGAGGUGAGUAAGCGCUUGCUCCCCACCCCCCCAGGUCCUAGGAGGUAUUAUCGGUAUCUGAAUUGGCCGAUGCCGAAAAUACUGAAUAUCGGCCGAUAUAUCGGUAAAACCGAUAAUCGGUCGAUCCCUAAUACAGUGUGUGUCAGUGUACGUAUCUUUGUGUGUCUGUAUGUAUAUCCGUGAUCUUGUCUGAAUAUUUGUGCAUCAUUGUUGUGAUGGACCGCCUGGCACCCCGACCGGGUACCUCGUCAAUCGAUGCUUCCUAGUACUUGCGAGCACCAAGGGGUACGCCCAUAUGGACCUUGUUGGGGACUCCAACACAAAGACACAGACCAAUGAGAACAGUGAUUAAAUGCCCGACACUCCCAUAACAAACAUACAAUCCCUCCUCCCGACACUCCCAUAACAAACAUACAAUCCCUCUCCUGUACUAAUUCUAAUCCAAUUAUCUCCAAUCACAGAAAAAAACAUAAUUUUUUUUUUCUUUUUUUUUUUUUUUAAACACCCCAAAUGUACCCUAAAAAUACAUAAAACCCCACAAAUAUUACAUCACCUGAUAGCCUUGAUCUGGAUGACCAACAUAUCCAAAAUUCACCCAGAUCAGUUCACGGGUUCAGAAAUUUCCUGAAAGUCAUGUAUUUGACCGACUGCAGGCAUGGUCCUAUAGCCGAAAAUAGUUCCAGGGCAUUCGCGGCUAAGUCUCCCUGAAGUCUGUUUGUGGUUUUGGUCCAUGCGAACAAGAUGGUCGUCCAUAGGAAUUGUGGCCACCAAGACAAACACUUAGACCACAGAGGUGGAAAUUGCAACAAUGUAUCUAUUAAUCUUAACAAGCUCCAGGGUGGUCUCUGGUUCGUGUGGCUGUCAGGUAAACGAACCAUAUAGUCCCAAUUGUCAGUCUUGAGAGCACAAUUCAGCUGUGGCAUCUCUCAGAUCCGCCUUGUUUGGCAGAGCAUUGAUGAGCUGUAGUUCUUCAUGGUCUGAAAUCAGAGAACCAUCCCUCCAAUUCAAUGGAGCCGUCUAAACCUGGUGGUGUCAUCUCUAGGUCCGUAGGAACUGGUCUAGAGAUCUGCACCAUUGGUGCAAGUGGGUCAAACUAUAUAUCUGUCGUGGCGUGCACAUGGAGAAGAAAGUUAACCAGCCAUUUUCUUCUGCUGCAAAGCCACACUCUAGUAAAUCUGAUUGUAUAACACUAUGAUUGUGUCCCCAAAACUAUGCUCCUAUACCUCUUCUGAACAUAACCAUACCUCCACAGUAUGCCGUUGGCAUUAUCAUGUGAAGUUAUAGAGAGAGAAUUUGAUAGGGGCAUUGUAGUUAUCUGACACUACAAAUUACCCCCUUACACAUAACCAUUGGAAAAGUCAACGCUACAUGUCAUGUGUGGGCUUUUUUUUUUUUUUAUUAAACAAAUUGCAAUUUAGUGAAAUAUGUUUUUUUUAAACUUAAUGUGUACUACUAUAGAUAGCUACUAAAAUAUUGUGCUCCGCUAGAUCUCUUGAGCAAAAGCAUUUUGCACUGUAAGAUUGCCAUUGCUGACUUGCAUUAUCAGUUUGUGAAGGAUUAUUCCCUUCUGCUUCUAAAUCAUGUCACAAUUUGAUUUCAAUUCCCUUCACCCCCCUGCAGUUGCAAUCUCAAUGAUCAACCUGCAUAGCCCAGCACUCAUGACCCUCUGCUGUAGGGGGGGGGGAAAGGGGGGUUUAGUUAAAGCCUCUAUCUGUGUCUCUCUCUCGCCCCUCUGUGGCUCUUCAUACUCGCCCUCCCAGUCCUUUUCUCUCUAUAUGUGGGACUUUUUCUCCUCAGCCCCCUUCUGUUGCUUUGUGUCCCUUCCAGUGCUCCCCCAUGUGUCUCAUUUCCCUCCUCCCUCCCCCAUGUGUCUAAGUUGUCAGUUUUAAUUUUGGCGGUAAAUUUCAAUUUUGUGUUAGUCCUAAUCUUUUGAGUAAAAAAGCCAUUUUAGUCAUCUGAAUUGUUUUAGUUGACUCAAAUUGUUAGUCAACAAAAUCAACACUGCUCCUUAGGCCGGGUCUCAAACUGCCAGGGAGAAUCAUGGGUGACAUCAGAAAUUAGUUCACCGUGGCUGAAUCCAGAAGCUUAGCCACUAUGAUUUAAAUUGCUGAAUGCAGCCCGCACUUUGAGCACUGCAUAAAGCUAAUCAAACAGCCUGGGGUCACUUAUUCUUUCUCCAGGUAUCGAGUGUGUUCAUAGUUGGCAACAGGGAAACGGUCCCUGCUGGUGUAAAAUGGCAGAUAACUGAAUUAUUCCGUCUUGGGUCCUUACACAUCUUUGAUUAAAUAAUUCUGUAAUGUGUCCUUAAGGGGUUCAAGUUUAUUAAUAAAGUUGUCCUCUAUAUAUUCCUUUUUUUGUGUGUGUGUGCUUCAUUCACUAAUCUUUUUUUAUUUUUUGUGCUUCAUCCAUAGGUUUAUUUAAUUAUGCAUCUCUUCGGCAUACUUUUUGUAACUGUUGCAUUAACAGUAGUGUACAGUGUAAGCGUCCAUGAUGAUACAAUCACAGAGUUCUCCGUCAAGCUUUAUCAUGAUCUUCGAGCAACAAAAGAAGAUGAAAAUAUAUUUUUCUCUCCUUUGAGCAUUGCACUUGCUGUUGGAAUGGUGGAACUGGGAGCUCAUGGAUCCAGCCUGAAAGAAAUUCGACAUGCUCUGGGAUAUGACAAACUUAAAAAUGGUACAUCUGUAAUUUGUCAUGUUAAUACACAAUAGUAAUUGAUUAACUAAUUGCAAUAGCAAUGAUUGUUAUAUUCAUCUAAACCAGGGGCUCCCAACCCAGUCCUCAAGUACUCUUUACCAGUGCAGGAUUUAGGGAAUACGCUGAUGUGUCUAAAGUGUGUGUGGUGGGUUUUUUUUUGGGGGGUUUCCUUAACACCUAGGGCACAACUGGGAAAUCCCUAAAUCCUGGACUAGUAAGGGGGUACUUGGGGCUAGGUUGGAAACCACUGAUCUAAACCGUGGUACUCUAGCCCUUCGGAUGUUGCUGAACUGCCCAUGAUUCUCUGUCUAUUUUAUUCUAAGAAUCAUGGAAGUUGUAGUUUAGCAACAUCUGAAAGGCCAGAGCACAGAGAACACUGAUCUCUGUUUGAUUUAAGGUAAGAAUAUUAAAGGGCAAUAAUAAUCAUUUAUUUAUUUAUUUAUUUAUUUAUAUAUAUAAUAUAAUUUAUUUUUUUUUUAUUUUUUUUUCUUUGUGAGGGUGUGGGCUAACGAAUAAUCCCAAAAAGGCCAUUAUUCAAACAAUGGGGUGGGGGGAAAUUGGUGACAACUCUUUAACGGUUAAUAAGAGGUACAAAAAGAUUUUAGAGUAUAUGAUUUAAAAUAAGAAACCCUAACUUGGCAGAGAUUUUUGUACCCUAUAGAAUAGUGUCAAGCUUAAUGUUGGAUAUCCAAAUCACUUAAUAUUUUUAAUGAUCUGUUCAUCAGCAGUCUUUUUCAGCAGUCAAAAGAUUUCCUUUAUUUUUCAGCCAUAUAAAUCAAUAUACUUUCAUUCUAGUUGAAACUAUUUUCACUCAAUUUGUUAUCUUCUGGUUUUCUCUCUCAAGGUGAAGAAUUUACUCUGUUGAAAGAUCUUUCCAGCAUGAUCACAGCCCAGGAAAGACAUUAUGUACUCAGCAUCGCAAACUCUCUGUAUUUACAAGAUGGAUUUCAUAUCAGUGACAAGUUUAUUCAGUUAAUGAAAAAAUACUUCAAGGCAGAAGUAGAAAAUGUAGACUUUAAACAAGCUUCAACGGUGGCAAAUCACAUCAAUACGUGGGUGGAAAAUCACACUAAUAGUAUGUUAUCAGCUUCUACCUAGGAUUUGUUUUGUUUGAUAUGUAUUUUCGGUUCUUGUACUGCAAUAUUUAAAGAAGCAUUUGUUCCUAUAUACAGGUUUUGAGAUAUAUAGUGUGUGUGUAUAUGUGUGUGUGUGUAUAUAUAUAUAUAUAUAUAUAUAUAUAUAUAUAUAUAUAUAUAUAUAUAUAUAUAUAUAUAUAUAUAUAUAUAUAUAUAUAUAUAUAUAUAAUUUCUUUCUAGCUUAAUGAUCUUUUGUGAGUAGCCAUGUUUGCAUUUUACUAUUUCUUUCCAUUUUAAAAUAAAAUGUUAAUAUUUAUUUUAUCCAUGGAUCUUUGGUAGACGUUGAAAUACUGUCUCUGUCCAUGUGAUGUAAAACUGAUGUUAAUCUUUGUAGAUGCUGUUUUACAGUCGAUAAAGCUGAUUAGGAUGGAGGUGAACUGUGACUGCAUUCAAUUCAGUCAGUAGCAGUGUUUAAAUAAACUGAGCAGGUUUCUUUUUUUCUUGCUGCUUUUGAGUGAUUUGACUCAGGAGCUAGACCAGGCGUAGGCAACCUACGGCACUAGUGCGAUGCACAGCACAUAAGGCUGCUAGAGCCAAACAGGCUCUGUCCUAUCAGAAGUCCCAGUAAAACUUCAGAUAUCUGCUAAUACGAAGAGGUUGUGAAGGACAAUCCUCAAUUUAUGCAUUGCAGCACGUAGCGGAAGUGAUCUCAGAUCACUUCCUCCCAGCACUUGUGAAUGGGAAUCCAUACUGUAGCAGAGCAGCCUGCAGCUCCUAUACUUGAGCUAUACUUGGCCGGCCUGGUCCCCACUGGAACCCAGGGAAGCCACCCACACUGCUAGAUAUACACCGAAAUGCAGAAUAAACCUCCACUCAUACAAAUAAUACAAACAGCCCACACACAAUCCCCACAAAUGCAACACCACUAACAAUCCACAUACAUGCACACAAGCCCGCAUGCAGCCUCUCACAUGCAAUAACCCAAACAGCCCUCACACACUACUAAACACACAAUAUGACCUAUCCAUCCACACACAAUUCCACAAGCAGCCCUCAUACACAGCCCACAUUUAUUUAUUUAUUUAUUUAUAAUAUAUAUAUAUAUAUAUAUAUAUAUAUAUAUAUAUAUAUAUAUAUAUAUAUAUAUAUAUAUAUAAAAUAUAUAUAUAUAUAUAUAUAUAAUAUGAAUGAAUUGGAAAACCUAUUCAUUCAUAGAUCUAUACCUCCCAAAAAGUAAGUGUACUAUAUGUAACGGGUUCCAAGACCUUUAAUAAAAAAUGACAUACAUAUUGGAAUUAUACAUAACUGGCUAAAAAAUUUGCCAGAAAGAGUUCCCCUAAGGGAUAUUGGUGAGUGAAAUAAAUAUUCACAAAUACUAACUAGAAUAUAGCCCUAAUGUGAGUUGUAUAAAUUACCUGGUAUAAGGAACGCUGUUAUAGAGAAAAGAGCAGAUAGAAAGUAAUAUCUGUACAAAGUGAACCUUAUCCAGGACUUAGUAUCAAAGUAGAGAAGAAAAGAGGAGGGGGAUAAAGUUAGGGUUAAACAAAAGUAUAACCUGGUAGUAAUAAUAUCCCUAUUCGAAAUGGGACAGCUGCAACUACGUGCAAAAAUGUACUAUCGACAAGAAUAAAUGGGUAAUAUAAGUCUUAGGCUCAUAGCCAAAAGCUGUUUGUUGCCAGGAACAAAAAGAUGCCCCACUUAUAUAUCCUCACUUGCCCUAAGCUGCUAGCUGUCUCCCAAAAUACAGGGAAAAAUAGAUUGACUACCUGCUGCUUCGAGGCAGCCUAAAGACUAUCCCUAUAAUCCCCACUCCUAUCUGUCUAAUAAGACUCUACACCAUCAUAGAGAAAAAUCAAACAAAAGGGAUAUCUAUAUAUAAUCUCUCAUACGCGAUACCAUAAACUACUAAUGAACAUAUACAAUAUAAUAGGUCAUAUACGCACAAAUACAAAGCAAUUACAGUAAAAAUAACACAAGCAAGACUACGGCAGCAUACACACAUCAAUUUAAAAAAAUAGGAUCGGCACGCUACGGGACAUCACAAUCCUAUAUUGGCACAGUGCUACUAAAAGGUUGCCUACCCCUGAGCUAGACUAUUGAUACCUGAAGCUCAUCUGCCAACGUUUUUACUCUUGCAUCAUUCAUAAAACAAAAUGGGGUUAAGAACUGCUUAGCUUAGCUCUCACAGCCGGUCAUUGCCAUCUUAAGGCUUGCAGGUAGUGAAGAAGUGUUAUCAUUAUUUUAGUUGGCAGCAUAGGUCAUGAGAUUUGUGAAAAUUGUGUCCCAGCCUCUAGUUUGACAACCAAAACACUGCUUGCACCAUAACAAUCUGCUUAGAGUGCCUCUUUUUAAAACUGUUUGCAUUUAUCAACAUAGAAUGUGAUGGCAGAUAAGAACCAUUUGGCCCAUCAAGUCUGCCCAAUUUUCUAAAGACUUUCAUUAGUCCCUAGCCUUAUCUUAUAGUUAGGAUAGCCUAUCCCACGCAUGCUUAAACUCCUUUACUGUGUUAACCUCUACCACUUCAGCUGGAAGGCUAUUCCAUGCAUCCACUACCCUCUCAGUAAAGUAAUACUUCCUGAUAUUAUUUUUAAACCUUUGUCCCUCUAAUUUAAGACUGUCCUCUUGUUGUGGUAGUGUUUUUAAUAUAGUCUCCUCCUUUACUGUGUUGAUGAUUAUUUAUUUAUUUUUAUAUAUAUUUAUUUUAAAUGUUUCUAUCAUAUCCCCCCCCUAUCCUGUCUUUCCUCCAAGCUAUACAUGUUAAGAUCCUUUAACCUUCCCUGGUAAGUUUUAUCCCGCAAUCCAUGAACCAGUUUAGUAGCCCUUCUCUGAACCCUCUCUAAGGUAUCAAUAUCCUUCUGAAGAUACGGUCUCCAGUACUGUGUACAAUACUCCAAGUGAGGUCUCACCAGUGUUCUGUACAAUGGCAUGAGCACUUCCCUCUUUCUACUGCUAAUACCUCUCCCUAUACAACCAAGCAUUCUGCUAGCAUUUCCUGCUGCUCUAUUACAUUGUCUGCCUACCUUUAAGUCAUCAAGGAACCGUUCCAUUCACAUUCAAUGACCACCCAUUCCUAGAAACUUGUGGAGGGAGAGUGACCUCAGCAGAGGAGGAUUGGGAUGAUAUAUCAUUUUUUUUUUUUUUUUGUUGUUUUCCCCCUGCUUGUACUUAUAUCAUGGAUAUCUGUGGGCUGCAUUACAUGUAAGUAGCAUAAUUUUCUCUUGUCUUCUGCCAGACCGUAUACAUGAUCUGUUCUCCUCUGAAGAUUUUACCGAAUUGACAAGACUGGUUCUGGUCAAUGCAAUCUACUUUAAGGGUAACUGGAAAUCCCAAUUUAGACCUGAAAACACCAGAACAUUUUCAUUUACCAAAGAUGACGAAAGUGAGGUACAAGUUCCAAUGAUGUAUCAAAAGGGAGAAUUUUACUAUGGUAAGUGUCUUGAACUCCUAAUGAAACAAGCUGAUUUUUAGUCUUGCAUUUAAAACAAAAAAAAAAAAAACCUGUUUAGUCGUAUCAAUAUUUAUGGUGUCUGCAAUUUUCUAUUAAUUAUGCAUCUGGUAUCCUAUAAUAAACUUGCAUUUCCAUAUUAUCUGCCUCAUAAAAUCCCUUAUGUCACUUUGCUGCAAUUCUUCUUUAGUCUCAAUCUACUAGUAAAUGUUCAAAGAUAUAAACCCCAGCUGUAUAUACACAAACUGUAAUGAAGACACAACUUACAUUUUACUGUUUUAUAUUGCAUUUAUUUUUGUGCAUGAUAUAACUUCCUAUCCCGAUCAGUUUAUUACAUGUCUGGCAAUAUUGCUCUAGAAAGAUUUUGAGGCCACAACUCUUUCAGUACGACAAUUUUUAUUUCAAUUAUUGCCCCAUUAAUACCCAAAUUAGCGGGUUGCUUGGAUGUAUCACAUGUUUGCUCCCAACAGUUGCCUCUGAAAGGAGAAGAGGUGCAAACCAUGCACCAGUAUUGGAUAAAAUCCAUUCAGAAGGGCAAUCCAUCAAUGAAACAACUCAAUAUAAAACAAAGAUUUCACUAUAAUUUCAAAUGGUCUACACCAGUGGUUCCCAAACCAGUCCUCAUGGCCCACCAACAGUCCAGGAUUUAUGUAUUUCCCUGUUUUAUUCCAAUGGAGAUACUAACAAAACCUGGACUGUUGGUGGGUAUUGAGGACUGGUUUGGGAAACCCUGGUCUGCACAACAGGUAUUUAAAUAUGAUAAGCACUCAGUGGUUUAAAUGGCUAUCAUACUGCUUUUGUCACUAGCUAUUAAUUUUAUAGUUUUUAAAUUUAUUUAUAGAUUUUUAUUUGUGGGGGAAAAAAGGAAAGUUCUAAUUUUUCUGGACAAUUUCGAUAAUCAUGACUAUUUAAAAUUUUAACAAUUUAGUGGAAAUAUGCAUAAAGAAUAAUACCAUUAUUAUUAACAAUACUACACAAGACCAUAUGUAUUCCUAACAUGUUAACAUUCAUACUCAAGUGUCCAGGGUAGUAGGAUGUUAAAUUUGAUUUGACAUUUGUUAUUUAUAUCUAUGUUUUGAGAUUUAGAGGUGGAUCAUGAUCUGAAUUUGACGUUCGAAUUAUGUUGCCAAAAAAUUUGUCCAAGGUUCCCAGUAUUUUUCCACUGAAUCAUUUAUUAUGAAGAAACUGCGUUCCAUUUUAUAUUGGUAUGAAAUUUGCUCGCUUAUUUCUGUCCAUUUUAAAUCUGUAAUUUUCCAAUUAAGUGCUAAUAUUUUAGCUGCAACUAGAAUGUGUUUUUUUAAAAAUUUUUUUUUUUUUUUUUGUACAUUCCCACCAUAUGUGAGCAAUGGUAUCCUUUUCUAGAUGGCAUAUCUAACCCCUGUCUGAGUUAAUUCUAGAAAUUUUGAGACGUGCUUGAGUAAGAUACCGCUUGUAUAUUAACCUGUAGUGCAGUUCUAUUAUAGAGAUACAGAGGAUCGUACAUGAAACUCGAGAAAUGUUUUUUAACCAGGCCUCAAUUCAUAUUCCCAUAUAGAAAAUUGGUAUAGGUUUGAUUAUUUUAUUUUUCCCGAUGUAAAGCAAUUAGAAUUUAAAAGGGUUAAUAUUUUAGAUAGUGUGUCUUCCUAAUCGGUUCCAAAUUUUUCGACUAAGUUAAAAAAAAUUAAUCUAUACGGGAGUAUGAUUCAUGUACCGCUGAAAAGAAUCAUAUAGAGAGUUUGAUAUUAAAAAAAAAUUCAAGAAAUCUUUUAUUAUAGGGUCUAUUGGUAUAAAUUUCAGAAUGAUCUUUACUUUGAUUUUUGUCCAUCUUGGAAUUGACCACUGUGUUAAAGUCUCCUCCUAUCAUUAACCUACCAAAUCUCAUCGGUUCUAUUUUGUUAUAUAAAUUGGAUAAGAAUUUUGAAGGAGUCUGGUUUGGAGCAUAAAUAUUUACCAAAGAAUAUUCUAUAUCAUUUUAAUUUUAUUAUGAGAAUUUGGGAACCAUCAUUUUCAUCUAGAAUCUGAUGUAUCCUAACUUUAUUCCUUUUUUUUUUUUUUGAGAUAUCAUAAACAUGUAUUGAAGGAAUAACCGGGCUAAUUGAGUCCAGGGGACCUUUGGACAGUUUAAGUCUCUAAUGCGCAACAUUGUAAUUUUUUCAGCUAGAUAGCCAAAAUUACUUCAUGGGUCAUGCACAUACACAUUUUUAUAGCGAUUGCCAUAUUCUCUUUUGAAAUCCGUAAAUACCAAAAGAAAUCUUAAGAUGAAGCUCUACUUCCAGAUAAUGUGUAGCCAUAGAAUUUACUUCCUUGUUUUCAAUUCUUUUGCAAUUGUAAAUUUACAAAAAGUGGGAGUAUUGUUAAGAUGAUAAGAUGCAAAAUGUGGUUUCACAGUUUAAAAACCACAUGGGAUGGAUGUGGGUGAGACGCUGGGGGUAAUUCACUAAAGCCUCAUAGUAAAAAUGAGGCAAUGUUGGGACUAGCGGAGUUAGUGCUUUUUUCCAGAUGCGUUAUAGAUGCCUCCAUUUUAGCAUUCAGAUUUUUAGGAAAUAGCCCUGUCAAUUUCUAGGGCUUUUGGCAGAGGCUCAGUCUUUUAUAAUUCAAAAUGUGUCAGGAAAAAUCGACUGUCAUUGUGGAUAAGUAGAUUAGGCUACUGCUUUAGUCACUGGGACUAAGCAGAGUAGACUUUUUUUUUUUUUUUUGACCUCUCAGAGGAAUGGUGGUCCCAUCACCAAGCUGAUUAUUUAUAAAACGCCUACAAAUAGGUGGACUAACAGGCAUCAUUUGUAACAAGAUGAGUUGGAUGAAUGUGUAGAGGGCGCUGUUCAAGCAAGUUUACAUAUGAAUAUUAAUAACCGUAACUCGAAAAAAGAUAGUGAUUACCCACCAUGCCUCAACAGGGAGAGGGUAUCUCGGAAUCUCACCUCCUGUAUAGGGAAUUUCACCUAAACUGUGCUCCCUGAGAGGGGGGUAACCCUUGAAUGACAUGAUAGGAGAAAUUCCCAGUACACUCCACUGAUAGAGCGUAAACGGAGGGAGCACAGUGAGGUACGGAAGUAGCUAAAAAGAACCUUAACUUUUAUUAGAAUUUUAUACACAAAAUGGACCAGAAAUAGCUCAAUAUUUAGUGAUCAUCUAAUUGUGCCUACAGAUAGAGCAGGAAGGUGGGAUAAAACAGAUGAAUUAGCUGCUAUAUAGAAUGCCACCUCUGGGCAGGUAGGUAUCACAAUGGGGUCAAUAUAAAAUUCCCCCUCUAUAUUAUCCAACCUAAUAGCAAUUGGAGCGAGUGCAUCAAUAGGUAAAUCCACAGAUCGUUAUGAUACUCUGGUAAGUCUCAACCAAAUGAAAAGACUCUUCUGCCAAAAGAACCCUCAGAAAGAAAAAUGAAGAGGGUAAAGGAACCCUGAGCAUGCUGAGGGAUGGCUAAGGGUACACCUAUUCUAGACUGUGUGUCCAAGCUCAACACACCGUCAAUGAAAGGUUUUGAGAUCCAAAGAGUCAAAAAAACUAUGAAUUAUUAGCCCUAUUUACCUCGGCACCACACAAGGCUAGUUCCUACCUGCACCAAAAAUCAUCAAAGGACCAGUAUAGGCACUCCGCUCAAUGAAGUGGUCUGGGUGCCAGGUCCCUCUAGUUUUAACCCUGCAGCUGUGUUUACUGAGGGUUAAUCCAGCCUCUAGUGGCUGUCUAACAGCCGCUAGAGGCACUUCCGCGAUUAUCACAGUGAGAAGAUGCUGGAUGUCCAUAGGAAAGCAUUGAGUAAUGCUUUCCUAUGGGCGGUUUGAAUGUGCGUGCGCGGCUCUUACCGCGCAUUCAGAUCUGACAUCGGGGGUGGAGAGUGGCUGGCUGAAGGGGUUUUAACUCCUUCAGCCCAGCAGGAGGGGGGCCCUGAGGGUGGGGGGGGCCCUAAUAACCCUAUAGUCCCAGGAAAGCAAGUUUGUUUUUCCUGGCACUAUAGUGGUCAUUUAAAGACUGCAAAAAAAAUGCUAAACUAAAAUACUAUCUGUAUACUUACAGUGUGGGGCGGUUGUAGGCUACUAGAAUAGUUUACAAUGAUGGGUGUUUCCCCCCAAAGCCCCUAGUUGCUAAUAAAUUACAGCCUAGGGCUUGGUGCACCCUGUGAGCCUCAGGUGGGCACUUAAAGUAAAAUAAUGGGGUGAACAGGUUAGUAUCCACUCCCACCUGUGGCCAGCAGGUGGACGCUCUAUUAAAUAAAAAGUUAAUGGGGGUAAAGAAUAUCCUAGUGUCCACAGCCCCUACUAAUAGGUGAUGGGUGGGUGGCUAUUAAUGAAGUAGACGACAGGGUUGACCUAGUAUCCUCCCUAGUACUUGCCGAUCGGCAGUGGGUGUAUGCUCUUUGAAAAAUAUAUAAGGGGGAUGGACAUACCGUUUUUAUCCCACCAAAAUGCUUUUGGUUGGGGGUGAAGGGGGUAUUAUUGAGAAUAGAGUGGUGAAUAUAACAUUUUAGUAUGUGCAGCCAAUUCCCAUGCAAGUGUCGAGACCUUAGGCUUGCCUUUCAGAGCACUCUGGUUUGAUUUACAAGCCAACCUACUGACUGGACUUGCAAAGCAUUGGAAAGCCUUACAAAGGCAAUCACUGUAAUCAAAUUAGCGACUGGUCAGCUAGCAGCUUCUGCCCGCUUACUGUUUAUUAGACCUCCUCUUAACCCCCACUGGCAUCUGGGGGCAUAAGUGAGGUGUUAAACUUCUGUUCUAUUAAUGUAAAAAUGAUAAAAUUUGUAUCUUGUAGUACCUUUUUAUUGGACUAACAGAAUUUUUGUUUUGUUUGUCUUUUAAGGGUAGGGGGGUGUAAAAUAGCAAUUUGCCAAUUGACUGCCAUGCUGUCAGCAGGCAAAUGGCAACCUGCCCACCCUAACCUAAACUAAACAACAAGCGAAGACAAGUAUUUUGGGAUGAUGUAGAGUGGGUAAGUUCUUGUAUUAUUACACAUGGCACUCCUUAUUUAGCGUCUCUUGAUUCUGCAUUUUGUAUAGGGCGGUUCAGUGCACAUUCAUGAUUUAAAGGAGUUGUGGUUCAGACAAUAUUCUACUUUUAUCAAUCAUUUUGUUUGUGGGACAAUCAAAGCUACAUUGUACUAUGAUCUGACCGUAUUUAAACCCCUUACUUUCCAGAUCAUUAUUGUAUAUUUGUAAAUUGCUAUAUGCUAACGUAUUCCAUUGUUUCUGUAGCAAUCUCCUAAUGUAUUUUUCCUUAGGGGAGUUCACUGAUGGAUCUAAUGAGGCAGGAGGAGUUUAUCAAGUCUUGGAAAUCCCAUAUGAAGGAGAUGAAAUCAGUCUUAUGCUCAUGCUGUCAAGGCAAGAGGUACCACUGGCCACCCUGGAGCCUUUGGUCAAAACAUCUCUGAUAGAAGAAUGGGCUAAUUCUGUGAAAAAGCAAAAAGUGGAAGUUUUCUUGCCAAGGUAUGUUCAACAUAUUGUGACAGGUGAGCUAACUCUCAUGUUCCAAAACGAUCAUUUUUAUAUAUAAUAUAAUAUAUUUUUUUUUAAUUGAUUUAUACACUGUCAUUCAAUAACGAGCACUGAAUGCCUCCCUUUUCUGUAUUUCCGUUUUUUCUGCAGAUGGGUGCUUCGGCCCACCUUGGUUGUUAAAUCAUUGUUUGUUUUAUGAUAGAGAGAUAUAGAUCAACUUUUUUCUAAGGUCUAUCUUGUGAUAUAAAGAAGGGGGUAAAUGAAUAGACAUACAUCUUAUCUAUUUAUAUCGCUAUCUAUCGCAGUCUUUCAGUAUAAAGAUUACCGAAACCAUGUUAAUUGUAACGCUUUGCUGCAUUUUUGCAUUGGAGCUAAAUAAUGAUCACUACACAUUAGACCGCAAAGGAUAUUUUGUACCCAACUAACUGGAGACUCUGUGGAAUGACCGCUGUGCUUAGCAGAGAUUUUUAAGAAAGAACAGUCCGAACGCACAGUAUAGUUUUGGCAGCCUUUCUCCUACAGAUUGCUUCCCAGCAGACUCCUCCUCUGUAAAUUGUUUAAGCAGUCAAUGACAGAUGUUUCUGCUGUUGACAGUUUAGUGACUGCAUAAAGCACCACUGUAGUUUCUCUUUUAGUUCUAGAAAAGUCCUAAUAAUUCUUUAAUCUCUGUUCAGUGGAAUGUAAGCAAAAUAAAGAUUUGUUGUAUUGAAAAUAUUGCACUUUGCUGGACCUUAACCCCUUAAGGAUGGAGCCAAAUGUACAAGUUGUGAUCAAAACAAAAUGUAAACCAACCACAGAAUUUGACUCUGUUCAACUAUAAUUUACCUCUUUCAUGUUAAAUGCACCCACACUUAUUAUAUAUCAGUUUGUUCAGGGGAAACAGGGCUUUCAUUCCAUAUCAAACAUUCAUAUAUAGAACUCCAUUUUAUAUAAAUAACAUCUAAAAAAAGUUUAAGAAAUGUUGAUAUUUUUCAAUUUCUGCAUGUCAAUUUAACUGAUAAUUUCACAAUACUGUUUGGUUUUACUGCAAUAAAACAUACAUAAUUGUAUUCAGAAAUGUCUCAUAAGUAAAACCAGUAACCCCCAUGUAUAGGUUUUAUGGUGUUUUGGAAAGUUACAGGGUCAAAUAUACGUCUUGUCUAUUUAUUUUUUACAUCGAAAUUUCACAGAUUGCUUUGCUGGGCCUAGGUAGCCUUUGAGACUGUAUGGCAGCCAAGAAAUGUAAGUUACCCCAUCAAGGCAUAACAUUUGAAAAAGUAGACAUCCCAGGGUAUUCAAAAUGGGGUAUGCCCAGUCUUUUGUAGUAGCCACUUGGGCAUAAACGCUAGCCAAAGUUAGUGUUCGUUUUGUUUUUUGUUGCUUUUUAUUUUUAUUUUAUUUUUUAUUUUUUUGCAUUUUCCACAUACAGACUGUACUUUUACUGAUAUUAUUUUCAGUAUAUAGUUUACUGCCCUGAAACACUCCUAGUUCAGUGAUGUCUCAUGAGCGCCACAGUACCCCCCCAUGUAUAGGUUUUAUGGGGGUUUUGGAUAGUUACAGGGUGAAAUAUACGCUUGUCCAUUUUUGGUUUUACACAUUCAAAAUUGGCAAAGAUUUUUCUGGACAUAUCUUGCCUUUGAGAGAGCAUGGCAGCCUGGGUAAUAACAUUUACACUAUUAUGGCAUACCAUUUUCAAAAGUAGGCAACCCAGAGUAUUUCAAAUGGUGUAUUUUAAGAUGUUUGAUCUAACCACUUUAUCAGAAAAGAAGGGCCCACAUAGCGGUAAUAGUUUUUUGUGCUUUUUUUCCCACACAUGAACUUUCUUUUCACAGGACAUUUCCUAUUCCUGGUAUGAGUGAGUUAUUGCAACAAAGCCUCACAAAUUUUUAUUUUUUUUUUAAACAUUGCCUCCUGAAUAUAACAGUACCCCCAUGUACCGGAUUUUCUGUUUUUUGGGGGGGAAGUCACAGGGACAAAUAUAUUAGAUGUCCAUUUCAAAGUUGGAAAUUUGACAAAGUGAUUUGCUGGGCCUGUGUGGCUAUUUAGAGAGCAUGGCAGCCUGGGUAAUAACAUUUCCACCAUUAUGGCAUACCAUUUUCAAAAGUAGGAAACCCAGAGUACAACAAAUGGCAGACCUUGAGAUGUUUGGUUUAGCCAUUUUAACAGAAAUGAUGGGCCCAUGUAGCAAUUUCUACUUUUAUUUUUGUCUUUUUAAUCACAUAAAUUGCAUUUUCACUAGAAAUGUCAUAAUCCUGGUAUUAGUGCACUAAAACCUCAGUAUUUUGAUUUAACACUGUCUUCUGAAUAUAACGAUACCUACAUGUACAAUGUUUCCAGGUUUUUAGUAUAUCACAGGAAUAGUACAGUACCCCCACAUACACUUUGAUCUGAAGGCAGAGAGAGGCAGAUAGAUCUUUGACUCAGAUACUGUAGCAUUAACCCUGUGAUUAGUUUUUUGCUUUUUUUGUGAAGGCACAUUUCAAGUACUACAAAUGUAGUAUUUUGAGUUGUUUGGUGUAGCCACUUUAGAAUGGCUAGCAUAAACAGGGACAGGCCAAGGUCAGGGGAAUCCAGAAGUCAGAGUAGUCGGUAAAACAAGCCAAUGGGUCGGUACAGGCAGCUAACGAAGCGUAGUCAGGACAAGCCGAGGUCAGGGAAUCCAGGGAAAUCAAGCAAACAAACUGCCAAAGUACCAUACAGAGUGAUUUAGUAGUUCAGCUAUGUAUGGUAGACUUUGAAACAGUCUGUUAUGCAGAGGGCAGGUAGGGAUGGACAGGAGGGGCAAUAAUAACUGGAGUCCUUUCAGACUCCUCUUUUGUAGCAAACACGGCAUUUUCGUUGGGGUGACCUUUUACAGGGUGUGGGGGGGGGGGGAUUCGGGAAGGGAAAUGAUUGCUGAAAAGUUGUUGGACAUCUUCUGAUUCCAAAGGAGGGUUAGGAUUUGGGGUCUGGGCAAAUAUAAUUUGGACCAUAAACUCUAGAAAUGGGCAUGGUCUACCUAUGGCUUCCUUUUUAUAAAGCACAUAGGCAUUGAAAAUUGCAAUCUGGGUUAUGUAGAUUGCAAUUUUCUUGUACCAGGUCCUACUCUUCCGGUUCACCAGAUAGGGCUGUAUGCACUGAUAAGCCAAGUCUACUCCCCCCAUAAACUUGCUGUAGUCUACAAUCCACUUCGACUUCUCCAGCUGCUCCGUUCCAUCUCUCAGACACUGGCACUGAAGUUUUGUCGUGCAUUGUAGACAUGUACACAUCUUUCCUGUCGGUGAAGCGAAGGGCAAGCAACUCAUUCUGGCGGAGCGUUGAAAGGGAGCCUCUACUGCGUCUACCUCUUGCCAGGGUUUGGGGGAAACCUCUACGAUUCUUACGCACUGUGCCACAGGCUACAGUCUCAAAGCAAAAUAGUUUUAAAUAACGCUAUGCUUGUGUAAUAGUUGUCAACCCAUAGCCUGUAUCCCUUAUUUAACAAGGGAAGGAUUAGGUCCCAUACUAUCUUGCCACAUUUACCCACAGAAUCAGCACAUCCUGGUGGGUCAAAUGGCUAGCCUUCCCCUGAUAAAUACGAAAUGCCCAUGUAUAUUCAGAUUUGGAUUCACACAGUUUAUAAAACUUUACACCGUAACGGGACCGUUUACAAGGGAUCUACAGCUUAAAAAGUAAUCUACCCUUAAACUUAAUUAAAGGACCACUAUAGUGCCCUGAGGGUGCCCCCACCCUCAGGGUCUCCCGCCCGGCUCUGGAAGGGGGAAAGGGGUUGAAUCUUACCUUUUUCCAGCGCUGGGUGGAGAGCUCUCCUCAUCCGAUCCUCCCCGUCGGCUGAAUGCGCACGCGCGGCAAUAGCUGCGCGCGCAUUCAGCCGGUCACAUAGGAAAGCAUUCAUAAUGCUUUCCUAUGGACGCUGGCGUGCUCUCACUGUGAAAAUUACAGUGAGAAGCACGCAAGCGCCUCUAGUGGCUGUCAAUGAGACAGCCACUAGAGGAAAUAGGGGAAGGCUUAACCCAUUCAUAAACAUAGCAGUUUCUCUGAAACUGCUAUGUUUAUGAAAAAAUGGGUUAACCCUAGCUGGACCUGGCACCCAGACCACUUCAUUAAGCGGAAGCGGUCUGGGUGCCUAGAGUGGUCCUUUAAGGACUCAUCUAUACAAAUAUUUUCUUCAGGGACAUAAUUUUGGGAGAAUUUGUCUGACAGGAGUUCAAUUAGGAGUCGAAUUUUGUACAGCUUGUCAAACAAUGGGUCGUUUCUUGGGGGGCACAGUGUUAUCGUUGAAGUGGAGGAAACGCAGCAGCUGCUCAUAGCGAUCCCUCUUCAUAACCCCAGGGAAAAGAGGGGUAGCCAUUUUUGACAAUGCCCAUAACUAGAGUUAGGGCCCUAAAUUUGCGCAUUUCUGCGAGAUCCGUGGGGUGCCACAUAUUACACCGAUUGUAAUGUGACCCCAGAUUCGCAGUCAGAUAUUGGUUUGCUCAACCAAUAACUGAAAUACUUCCUCUGACUUGAACAAAUCAAAAUAUUUUAGGGGUUCCCAAGCACCCACCAUAACAGUGAUGCCAGGGGUUGCUGUAAAUGGGGGAAUAUCUGGGGCGGUCAGGUUUGGGGGAACCCAGUCUCCAUCUGGCAUUGGGCUUGCUGAGCAUCCCACUUUUGGUGGUGGGGCACCAUCACUAGAGGAGUCAGUCAUAGCCUCAAUGUCAGAGGCAGUAAUAGUGCCACUGUCUUGCAGACUGUCAUUAUCACUGCCUGCCAGAAUGGCGUACACCUCCUCGGCCAAGUAGUGACGUGCCAUUCUAGGGGGGGACCACUCAAAAUUAAUCAAAGAAAAUCUAAGGGGGAAAUUACAAAAUUCCUACCUGCCUAACACCUUACUACCCACCCUCAAAAACCCACAAAAAAUAAAUGUACUGAUCGCAGUUUAGGCUGCUGCGAACAGUACUGAAAGGGUUAAAAAAAAAAAAAAAAACAUUUAAAAAAAUUAUACAAAUGCCGUGAUCUGCAGUUUGGAAGGGAUGGGGGAAACGUGGGUGGGCUUAAACGCUGUGGCGUGCUAUGCUGCCGUAAAGGCGUUUAAGCCCAUUAACGCCAGGACGGCAUAGCACGGCGUUAACUGGUUAAAGGAAGACACGAAAUACCAUAACAAAAUGUAGUGGGUAUGGUGCCAGGAAUAUCCUGGUAUCUCCCCAUUGUGAGUAAUUAAACCAUUUGUAAAGGAAAUGACUUAUUACCUUGAUUCCUCCAGGCACCACUUGAAGCCUCCAUUACAGCUUCCUUUCUAGUUAAAGGAGCAAUGUAGGGUGAGGAACACAAACCUGUAUUCCUGACCCUAUAGUGUUAAAACCACCAUCUAGCCACCUUGGUCCCCUCAUGCCUCCAUAAAUAUAGUAAAAUCUUACCUGAAUUCAAAUCUGCAGAUGCUUACAUGUCCCUGUUUCCUUUACACCUACUUGCUGACAUCAGCAGAAGUGGUAGCCUGAUCCAAUCACAGUGCUUCCCCAUAUGAUUGGCUGAGACUGACAAAGAGGCAGAUCAGGGGCAGAGCCAGCAUGAUUCAAACACAGCCCUGGCCAAUCCGCAUGUCCUCAUAGAGAUACAUUGAAUCAAUGAAUCUCUAUGAGGAAAGUUCAGUGUCUGCAUGCAGAGGGACGAGAUGCUGAAUAUUUGGAUGCAUUUUAGGCAGCCAUAACCCAGGAAGGAUCUCUAACAGCUAUCUGAGGAGUGGCCAUUGAAGUUAUCACUAGGCUGUAAUGUAAACACUGCAUUUUCUCUGAAAAGACAGUACUUACAGCAAAAAGCCUGAAGGUAAUGAUUCUACUCACCAGAACAAACCCAAUAAGCUGUAGUUGUUCUGGUUACUAUAUUGUCCCUUUAAAAGCUCUCCCUGAGCCAAAAUUUAUGUUUUAUUACUUUAGUACAUUAAACAAAUUAUAUGUGCUCAAUGACUGUAACAUACACAGAAAUAAAACCAAAAGGUACAAGGGAGUUUGACCUCUAGAAAAUCAGUUUGGAUGCUCAAGAAAAAUGUCCUCAAACUCCAGUUACAAUGGAUCACAUCAGUGUUUACUAAAACUUUUCAAGCUGUAGCUUUCUUGUAGCAACGUCACACUGUUGUAGUGGUUAUGGUGCCAUGAAUGCUCUGACAUAGUUCCAGUGUUAUUUUAUCAAACCAUUUCUCGUACGGUUUGUGUUAUCUGGCUCCCCCAGGUGCCUGCGCUUAAUCGGUAUUCUCCUGCAGAAGAAACUGGAUGUCUGAUAGAUAUGAUACAGGACUGCUCUCUUUGGUUGAUAGAAUUCAGCUGACACUAACUAGGCUUUCCUUCUGUGGCUGUGGUUGCCCAAUCCAACUCUAGUAAGUUGACAAACUGUACUAAAUGGGUUUGACAACUUACUGUGGUAUGGCAACAAGGCACUCCUGUCAGUAUGACUGCAAUUAGCUGUUGUGGUUAUGAUGUGUGACAGCAGAGGUACUCUGUCAGAGUACGGGAGCUCUAUGUCCACUUCCUCGCUGCCACGGGGACUCAGGAGAACUUCAGACUCAGCCGCUAAAGCUUGACUGGGGUCUCUCAAGAACUCGAUCACCCGACUAAGCUGCAGCUCUCUUCUUCCAGGCAGCUAUUGUCCCCUCUACAUUUGCUUCUUCUAUUCUUUUCCCAGGCACUUAUCCGUACCUCUGCCUACACUGUGACCAGCUACUGCCUUUACAAAGGCACUUGCGACUCUCUGGCCUAGCUCUCUUUAACUGAUCCAGGUCCGAAGAUUCUGUUACUAGGUUCUUGGAAUAACAAACCAGGACACACCAUUCCAGAUGGAACGAAAACCGUUUUAUAUUUACUCUGGACUAGCCCAUAUGCACAUUACACUAAACUUGCUGUGACAACUUCAGUUUAAUACAAAUAACCAAAUCAUAUAGGAAACCUACAUGAACUCAUAACACGAUAACCUACUUCUAAAAGUAUCUCCCCAGCCUGCAGAAACCUGAAUAUGCAGGUUACGGAGUCUUGCUAUUCAGGUAGUGCACAUAAGCGUACCAACAGAUGGCGCUGUACAGGCUCCACAGCCAAAUCCACCUGGUUGGUAGCAAGCAUCAGCAGGGCCAGAGAGCAUACAAAACCUGUAACACUAAACAAUUACACUACACACACCUUGCACCUAGAAUGGGCACAAGGUAACUAAAACAUAAGAAUUGUCCAGGGACCUACAUAAAGUCUGUCUUAAGCUCCUGUUGGGGGUGAAUACCGUGAUGCUUGGCGUUUUCCUCUGCAAAAUUUACCGUGUAACAAUAUCUCUAAUAUUGGGGACUGUAGCCUUGAGCUCAUCUCCAAAAAACCCUGUUAUACCAAAGAUGGAAUACUUGCUAAAGAUGUCAUUCCAUUUGCUUUGAACAUUACAGGAUCUUGAUUGUUUGGUGGGAUUCUUUGUCCAUUUUAUGUACAAUCUAAAUGUCCUAGAUUUAAAAAAAAUAACAUAAAUAUAUUUUAAUUGCUAUAAAAUAAACCCUUUGGUUGUGCACAUUUUCAUCUUUGCAAACUGCUGGAUACUGAUCAUAUGACUGCAGUCAAAUUGAGAAUCAUAAAGCCGAUAACUAUCCCACAAGAAUGCAAUUUCAAUGUCGUCCUAUAAACCAGCAGUAUAUUUUAUUUUUAAUUUUUUUUUCAUAAAUUUUUACCGUGUAUAUAUAGCAACUUUAAUAAUCUUGAUGAUCUAUGUUGUAGGCUGCAUAAUUCAUAUUUCAUUUUGAUUAGCAUUUCUCUGCUGAAUUCCAUAUAUAACAAUGUCUGAAUAAAUACAUUUAAAAAGCAAUUCACUGCCUAGUAGUAAAAUUUUUACCUCGCUUUCCUUCAUAUCAUAACGAUCUAGAGGGGUUUGUGCAAUAGAAAUUUUGGAAUUUGAUGUUGUGAUUCUGUAAUUUCCUUAUUUAGAAUCACAAGAUUAACUUCUAUUUUCAAUGGAGCAGGUUUUGAUUGAGAUGCAGAAGCAUCAUCAAAUUUUAUCAUAGCAUUAAAUAAAGUUAUAAAUAUUUAUGGCUACUGACUUCAAGUACGUGCAUAUGAAAUGUAGAGUUUAGAUAAUUUCCACUGAGAAAUGAAAAGCUCUACUGCUAGGGAUAACUCCUGCUUACCUUAAUCCUCUUUGGCCAUGUUCAGAAAGUGGAAGCUUGUUUUUAAGGAGUUAUGUGCUGUGUAACUCUGUAAGUUUUGAAGAAUUGCAUGAAAGUGAAAAUACAUAACUGACUUGUAAAAUCUUCAAACGCAUUUUUACUUGAAAACUAUUUAGAAGAGCGGAUGUGGUGCUCUUGGAGCUAUCGCAUAUAUGGUGGAAAAGUACAAAGCUUUGGAACUUUUGGAAAGGGAUCUCCAAAGGGAUACUUCUCAAACAGAUCCAACUUUAGUUGAAUUUAAACCUGAAUUGGAACUAUUUAAAAAAAAAAAAAAUAAUAAUAAUAAAAUUAAAUAAUAUUUACCCGACACUGCUGGCAAGAUAAACAAAAUCAUAAUAGGUCAUGUCUUGGUUGCCUCAACAACAAUUAUACCAUGCUACUGAAAGUCUACAACUAUUCCAUCUGUUAAAGAAGUUAUAAAUAUAAUACUUAAUAAAAUAUAUGAACAGGCACCAAGACCUUUCGCUAGUCUGUGAUUGAUUGUUUGGAGGUUGGUGAGCAUAGCAGCCAGGGUGUCUCGUGUGGCAUACGAAGUGUGAGCUGGCAGGAUUUGUGAACUACAGCCUGGCCUGGGAAUGUUGGCCUGAGUGGUCAUGAGCCUAUAUACAGUUGCAAGAAAAAGUAUGUGAACACUUUGGAAUGAUAUGGAUUUCUGCACAAAUUGGUCAUAAAAUGUGAUCUGAUCAUCAUCUAAGUCACAACAAUAGACAAUCACAGUCUGCUUAAACUAAUAACACACAAAGAAUGAAAUGUUGCCAUGUUUUUAUUGAACACACCAUGUAAACAUUCACAGUGCAGGUGGAAAAAGUAUGUGAACCCUUGGAUUUAAUAACUGGUUGAACCUCCUUUGGCAGCAAUAACUUCAACCAAAUGUUUUCUGUAGUUGCAGAUCAGACAUGCACAACGGUCAGGAGUAAUUCUUGACCAUUCCUCUUUACAGAACUUUUUCUUUUCAGUUCAGCAAUAUUCUUGGGAUGUCUGGUGUGAAUCGCUUUCUUGAGGUCAUGCCACAGCAUCUCAAUCGGGUUGAGGUCAGGGUUCCAAGGGUUCAUACUUUUUCCACCUGCACUGUGAAUGUUUACAUGGUGUGUUCAAUAAAAACACGGUAACAUUUCAUUCUUUGUGUGUUGUUAGUUUAAGCAGACUGUGAUUGUCCAUUGUUGUGACUUAGAUGAUGAUCAGAUCACAUUUUAUGAUCAAUUUGUGCAGAAAUCCAUAUCAUUCUAAAGGGUUCACAUACUUUUUCUUGCAACUGUAGUUCGGCCUUUCUGGCCAUGGCAGGAAAGGGGAUACCCCUGCUUCUGAGCUCCGCUCAGAUUUUUGGAAUGGUCCAGUAUCUCAGGGACCUGUGGGUAAAAGGGGUGAGGGAUUUUCCCUGACACCCAGGCCUGAUUGGCACGCGGCAAUGUUGCCCAAUGGUAGAUUGGUGAUCUGCUUUUGUGACAUCUGAAAGAGAAUAAUGAUUUGAAUGAGUAGGGUGAAGAGGAGGUAAAGGUGAGACCUCCGGAGAACUGGCCUGUUGGUCUAGGUAAACUUUUCGCCUCUGCACUAGCUAAGUGACAGGUGAGGUCCUCCUAGUGCCAAGUGGCGGAGAGAGGGUCUACCUAUGAUUUGGCCCGAGGGGAUUUUGUGGCCACAUGCACGUGGUGGCAGGGUGUAGGCCUCUCGGUGACCGUAAAGAGUCAAAACGUGUGGCCGUGACUUGGGAAGCCCUGGCUAUAGCCCAAAAGAAGGGCGAGCAAGGUGGCUAACUAUGAUUUGGUCAUGGGCCGAACCUCCGUGUAUGAGGUGGGUGUGUAGACCUCGCGGGACCGGGUAUUAAUUAGACUGCUAAGGCCAGAACCCUAACCCUAGGAGCCAGUUCUCUCGUAGUGAUGUGUAUGUAAAUACUAACCUUGAGUAUAAGUCCUGUUUGUUCAGACAAAGCACAGGUAGACUUCGAUAUGGCUAUAAAUUAGCUUCUGCAGGAAACUGGCUCGAUCCAGAACGUAAGGGAAAAGGAGAUGAUAGUGGGCCUGAGGCGUGCCAAGUGUAAAAUGUUUAAUGUAUGGGUAGGUGUGUACCAGAGAUACUGUAACGUAACCAUGACCAGGAAAUAGUAUAUUUUAAGGAACAGAUUAGUCGUAUUACUGGUUUGAAAUGAGCCUAGGAAACAGGGGGGGUUACUGCUGAGUGACCCAGUGUUCUAAAAAAGGGGUUAAAAGGCCAGCUGUUCCUUUAAGAGGGUUACCCUUGUGUGGCAACCGCAGAGUGCUGGAAAUUAGUUCAUAAUUAAAUGUAACGGUGGGUCAGGAAAUGGUGCCUCACGGCCUUUGAUAUAUCCAGGGGUAAAAAAAACAGAGUAUACACUUAAAUAUAAAAAGGAAAGUCAUGUAUAGUUUCAUACUGGGGUAUAUGCAUAACAUAUAGGCAAUACCUGCUUAUCCCUCCCGCGUUCGGCUAAACGAACAAGAGCGGUAUUUAACAUAUGAAUCAACUGCAACCUGUACGAGUAAAUAACGCGCAUUAAAGCCGUUCGUAAGCAGCCUAACCGCCAAACGUAGGGUAAGUAUAAGCGAUCGGUAUAGUAAUAUUUUAUACAAAGGAGGAUAAACGGGGAGUCUGAUCUUCUGCGUUCGUGCGUCUAGCAGCUAAAUGAACGACGUAAGGAACAAAAUGGAUAAUAGGGAGCCUAUCCCCACGUUUUAAGGCCCGAACGUGGGAAAUAGCCGAACGCCAUCUCCCACGUUUGUGCUUACGUGUAGGUGCCGGUAUCGUGACCGGAAGCCGGAAAACGAGUAAUGAAGGCAGUUUAGAAGCCGGUGAAGGAGCCCGGAGGUCGGUGACGGGAGCUGUAAAUGAGGGACUGGGUACUAGAGGCAGGAUUUGGCAGCAACCUUGACCGGAAGUGCAGGUAACUAAGGAGACAAACGGCUUGCAAGACAAAGGUAAGUAGGGGGGUAGGGUUUAUAUAGGUUCAUUACUCCUCCCACAAAUUCAGGCCAAAUGGCCUUUCAACAUAUAUAAUGUAUAUAUGUGGUGUGUUUUUUUGUUUUUUUGUUUUUUUUUUGUUUUUUUUUUAAACCUGUCUGUGACUUCACCUUAAAAUAGUUUGUGUUCUUUGACAAAGCUGGUAAGACCAUUAAUAAUGUAUUUCUAACCUCUAUUGAAUUAUAGAUUCAAAGUGGAAGAAGUAGUUAAUCUAAAGGACACCUUGCAGCGGCUUGGUAUCAAGGAGAUAUUCAGUGAUCAAGCUGACCUCUCUGCAAUAUCUGGUAAGGUGCUGCUACCCUGUACAUCUGCCCAAACUUAGAAAGACUUCUACACUUCUGAACACGACUUCCACAUGCCAUAAAGUAUGUAAUAUUCGAAGUUAACACCUUCAGGGCAAAGGUAGGGAAAUCUAUUGUGACAUUUCUUACAUAUUGUUGGUCCUGAAAGGGUUAUAUGACUUUGUAGUCAGAGCAGAUGUAUAAAGCAAGAUGUCUUGCACAAGAACGGACCCAUAUUUAUUUAUUUAUAAAAUAUUUUACCAGGAAAGAUACAUUAAGACUUCUCUCGUUUUCAAGUAUGUCCUGGGUCCACAAAUCAUUGCAUUGUUACAUUAGGGUAUAAUAAAAUACAAAAACAAUAUUAAUACACAAUAAAUACAAAAUUUAACAUAGAACGGGUAGGAAAUAUAUAAUCAACCAUGACAGGUGCAUUCUGUUUUGAGGUAUGUAGAGAAGGAUCUCUUAAAGGACUUUAGGCUUAGGGAAGAUUUUAAAGUGUGUGGGAGGUCGUUCCACAAUUGUGGUGCUCUGUAGGAGGAGGAUCGGGCUGCUUUAUUUAUUUUUUUUUUAUUUUUUUUUUUUUAAUUGUUUUGUAUUGAGGUAGACUAAAGUACUGGUUCUGGAUCGGAGGUUAUAGGAAGUGGGAACAGCUGAGGAAAGCAUUUUGUUUCCCAGAAAAGCACUUAAACACAAGGCUGGAAAGAUGAAGGGUGCGUCUGGAUUCCAGCGACAGCCAGUUUAGUUCUUUUAGCAUGUCACAAUGAUGGGUCCUGUAAUUACAUUGUAGCACAAAUCGUCAGAACGAGUUAUACAAUGUAUUGAGUUUAUUAAUGUGAGAUUGCGGUGCAGAUGCAUAUACUACAUCCCCAUAAUCAAUGAUUGGCAUCAGCAUUUGCAGUACAAUCUUUUCCUUUACUGUAGGGCUUAGGCAGGAUUUGUUUCUGUACAGGGCACCUAGUUUUGCAUAACGUUUAGAUGCAAAUAUUUCUAUGUGGAGGCAAAAAGAUUGAUUGGGGUCUAACAACAUACCCAAGUAUUUGAAAGAGUGGAUUGCGGUCAGUGUGCCAUUUGAAUUUGUUUUGAUGGAUAGGUGGGGAUUGUGUAAUUUGUGUAAUUUAGGUACUGUUCCAAAGAUCAUUGUGACAGUUUUGUCAGUGUGUUCAGGAAGAGUUUGUUUUUUGCAAUCCACUUUUCUACUUCUGUAAACUCGUUUUGGAGCACAGCCUCAAGCUGCGGUAGAUUGGAUUUGCUCGCAUAGAUUACUGUGUCAUCUGCAUACAUGUGUACAUUUGAGGAUUUGCAGAUCAUUUAUAAAUAAUGUAAAUAGUAGGGAGCUGAGAAUGGAAGCUUGGGGAACACCACACGUGACAUGGUAGACAGCGUUUUACCUAGACAAAUGGAUUUUGCCUGGCUACCACUGAGACAUGCACCUUUUAUGCCUACAAAUAAACAAACAAAAAAAGCAGGCAGGCAGAUUCCAGUGGAGACUUCUCCCCUUUUACUUUUAUGCACCACUUUUUAGAACAGACCACUUUGAUAUAUCUAUAUUAGGAGUCAAUUUAUUGUAGACAGAUCUACAACAACAAAAAAAAUAUGUGUGUGUGUGUGUGUGUGUGUGUGUGUGUGUGUAUAUAUGUGUGUGUAUAUAUAUAUAUAUAUAUAUAUAUAUAUAUAUAUAUAUAUAUAUAUAUAUAUAUAUAUAUAUAUAUAUAUAUAAAUAUAUGGUCCAAUGAAUUUCUGGAUAUCUUCAGGGCCACGAUCUGUGGGGGAAAAAAAUAAAUAAAUAAAAAAAACUCUGGUAUUGCAAUGAACCAUAAGACAAUUUAUUAAAGCCUAAUACCCUCCCCUCUUUUCUGUGAGUGCAACAAUUCUAGCGCUAUUUUAUUCAUACUUAGCUAUGUGUUGCUAAUCAUUUUGUACACAGGUGUGUAAUAUAUCUCAAUAUUCAAACCAUAGUUGCAGGUUCUUUCUUUGCCCUGUUAAUAAAAUAUACAAACAUGUAUUUGUAAAUGUACAAUGCCAAAAUACUCCAUAGCACUGUUAAAUGGAUGCCCAAAAUCUGCAAGUAGUUAAUGGCAAAAAUGUAGGCAUAUCUGGGGGGAAAAAUAGGUCAUGCAUUUACACAGUCUUCUCUACCCAUUUCAAAAUGUGGUAUUAUUGUUCUUAAACAAAAACACUCAUGAUUGGGAUUGAUAAACAUGUGUUUAAGGCUUUCUAUAGAUAAUGUUAUAACUGCAAACUAAAUGAAAAGGCAACUAUUAUUGUGAAUUCCCCACUCUUGCUGUUUUUUUUGCAAUGGAUCUUAAUUGCUUCCUAAAUAUUAGAACCAGACUGGAGCCAAGAAUCUCCCAGCCAAUUGCCGGUCUCUAAUGGAAUCCUACAGGGAUUUUCAUGGUGUGAACAAAUAAAUCAACAUUGAAAAGCAUCAUGUUUAUCAUGUAGAUUCAUUGCAUGAAAAGAAAUGGCUCUCUUGUAACUGAAUUGAGGCUAGUAGGAACUGCCAAUAACUCCUGUCCGUGUUAUUCGAAGAGUUAUUUCAGUUUAUGGGCAUGCUAGGUUCCAUUUAGAAUGCUGACUUGGAGUAGAGAUGGAUGUUAGGGUUUUUAUUUAUUUUAUUUUUAUUCCUUUCCUUUUUUUUUUCUGCUCUUAACUGUGAUGCAUGUUGGAAAUAGAAUUUGUGUUCAGUAUUCCCUUUGAGAUAACCCUAGUUACUCUAAUAAGACUAAUUUGUACAUAUCAACACAGUUCCUGCAACAAGUUGGAAUAUGGUCUGUUGGCCUGUUACUCUCUUAGUAAAGUGUGCUACCUGAAAAGAUUUUUAACAUUGGUUAUAAUAAUCUUGUCCUAGAGUGAAUGUGUUAAAAUGCCUGUUUAUUUACUUUUCCAGAAGACCAAGAACUUUAUGUUGGGAAAGCCGUUCACAAAGCGUACCUUGAGGUUAAUGAAGAAGGUUCUGAAGCUGCUGCUGCCACAGGUAUUAAUACAAUAAACUCAAAGUAACGUUCAAUCGUUCAUGUAUUUGUAUAUAACAUGUUUGUGUUUAGCAGGGUACACCUGAAAUGGCAAGAGUGCUAAUAAUAUAAUCUAGAACACAUUGACAUCCCUUUAUACAAUGUGAAAAUUCAGGUUAGUUAUAAGCCUUCUCCAGCCAAGUUGAUGUGAGGUGCUUGGCUUAGAGCGGUCCUCUACCUUAACUCUGUUAGAACCUUUUUUUUUUUUUUUUUUUUUUGAGAUUCCUAUGUCCCAAGGUAUAACUAAAUAAAAAUGAACACUGGCAGAAAGUCCUCACAAAUUGCAAUAACGCAUUUUGUGCUCAUGCACUCCCCUUAAGAUAACCGAUACACUUCUAGGUGCCUGCAUUUAAAGACCUUAAAGGGUUUUCGUAACCCUUUCAUUAGUUUAAUAAUUCAAAGAUUAGUGAACAGUUGUUGAAAGCCUUAUUGGGCACCACUGACCUAGUCCACCCCCUUUAUUUAAUUAAAACUUAUCUGGAAUCCCAUUCUGGAUUAAAUCCUCCUUGCUCAUUUCCGCACCCCAUCCGACAUCACGCUGCGUCAUCUCCUGUCCAGUCAAAUACAUUUGAUUGGACCGAUUGAUAUGAUAUUCCCAUACUUGGUCAACAUGCUACCAACAUACCAACUGUUUAGAAUGAAUGCAGUCCAAUAAAUGCUGAUUUACAGACCAUAAAUGCUUCUUGCACAUAAAUAAAAUUCAGCUGACACAAUUAUAGAAAACAUUAUAUGGAGAGGAUCAGAGAUGUCAUGCCACCAUAGAAUUUGAAAAAGAUCCUAUUACAUCACAAUUCAUUUUUGGAAUUUAAGAAUGUUUCUCACCAUUUAUUAGGUGAUGGCCAAAACACACAUGAUAAACCAACAACUCAAUUCAGUAGACACAAAUGGCAAACCUAUGGAGUAAUGUAACCCAUAGAUUCUUACACACACACCACCUUAAGCGUAGCCGGUGUGGGUCCUCUCCCUGGAGGUGACUGAUUUCCCCAUUCUUGCAUUGGCAGCGGGUAUCCACUAGCCUCCUAGCUCGACCCCGCCACCCCCACCCCCCCAGCCCGCUCCUUGGAGGCAAACCCAGCUGUUUGAGCACAGAAGAAGAAGAAGAAAGCAGGCAUGCAGACUUCCAUAACAGAGGCACAUAACAUGGCGGAUGCAACGUGUCCUCCGGAGAGGCCUGACCUUGCGUCCCAGCUGGACAGCAUAUUCGCGGACUUCUGGAGAAAAUUUGCACUCCGAAAACAACAGGCUGCUAAGCACAAAGAGAGUGGCCACUCACCUCAGAUGGCACCUUCACAAUCUCACUACAGGCUAGUGGUGCCCAAGCAGCAAAGAGCUCGAAAAUGGCAGCAUAAGGGGCAACAUCUCCUGCACAAACAGGAAUCUACAAGACCGCAUUCAGGUGGAGACCGACACCGACACAAACGACUGGAAACUUAGCCUAGGUCCCGCAAUACAAUGAGGCCCAAGCCAGGACUCCAAAGAAGCGUGUACUCCAGACCAAACUGGGCCUUACAAACCUUGGGGACCCCACUAGGCCUGCCUGCCCCCCCCAUUACCCCAAGGUGAUCUCAAACCCCCCAUCAGAUGGGCUACCGGGACUCUUGUGGUUGAACUCUGUCUUGCCCCAGACAGGCAUAGGCUGAAAUUGAAGCUGAGCUGGGGAAGUCUUAAAUUCAUAAAUUGUUAAUGUUUUCAUUGAUCGCAUGAUUUUCCCGCAUUCCACCUUAUACACCUGCACAUGAUCUAGAAUACUAAUCCAUGCCAUACCCAAGCAAAACUCAAGGCUAGCUUAUCUGGGGGGCCUCUUGGGAGACUAUUCUCAGUGCAUAUAUUUUACAUGCUUGCUACUUAACCAUUGUAUAUAACCUGCACUGUGCUCUACUUGUCUUUAUUUGAUCACCCAAAAAUGUUGACGUUGUGGCAGGCUUAUGCAAUGUAUGAUCAUAUAAUGUAACUAAACCUCCACUUUUUUUAGCGUAGAUUGUGUUUUUAAUAAAACUAGCAAAAUCUGUCAGCACCAAAGUAGCUGUUUAGUAGAUAAGGGAGUGCGCUGGAUUUUCAUUUUUACUGUACUUCUUGGCCCCCAGCAGCACCCCAUUUAAGCAUGUUCAGGUGAGUGCAGCCAGUCCCAUGUUUUCCCAUGAAUUCUAUAUAUACCAUGCCUAAUGCUAAAUGUUAUUUCAUUGUUUGUUCAACAGAGUAUAUUGUGGAAUCUUUGUUUUACAAUGCACGUCAAAAAUAAAGAAUAUUAAAAAAAUAAAUAUUAUACAGUUUUGGAAAUCAAGAUGAAAUAAGAAUAGUUGAGGUGAUAGUUAUGUUUUAUACAUACUAUUAAAGUAAUGGAGAUCAAAUCCUUGAUCUCUUCUAAUCAUUUACACUCCCACCACAUAUGGAAUUAGAUUCCAGUGUGUCUUAAACAUCUCCAACAAAUGUUAAAGCAAUUUUGCCUAAUUUGUCUUUAAUUCUAAUGGGAGUAAGAUACCAUCUGUGUAUAAUCUUAAAAUAGAAUUCAUGUAAACUAAGACUGUAUAUUCUUCUUAACCAACGUAAAAGCUUAUCCUCAGUUAAUUAGAUGAAAGGAUUUCCCCAUUUCAUUUUUCCAUUUUAUUAAAGAGUAAUGUUUAUUGACCCUUUAAACAUUCUAUUAAAUGCAUAAUUUUUAAAACCAGUUCUUUAGUUUUUAUGGUGUUUUAUUGAUAAGCUCUUCAAAAAAUUUAUUUUUGUAAUAUGGGUCUUGAUAGAGAGCUCAAAGGUUACUCCAACCACCAUGACCACUUCAAAAUUGACAUAACCACUUCUAAAUGCUGAAGUGGUUGGAGUAAUCCUCCAGCUCUCGAUCAAGACUCCAACUUGCAAAAAUAUAUAUAUAUAUAUAUAUAUUCUACCACCUGGGAGUAUAUUUGACUGCUGUACCAACAACUUUUUUUUUUUUUUUAACUUUUUGUAUACACCAAAAUCAUCUGAAAAAAAGGUGUGUGUGUGUUUUUUUUUAUUUAUUUUUUUUAACUUUUUGUAUACACCAAAAUCAUCUGAAAAAAAGGUGUGUGUGUGUUUUUUUUUAUUUUUUUUUUUACAUUUAGUUUAUUCUAUAUGCAAUGAUUUGACUAAGACACUGUACAUAAUUGACACUGUACAGUGCUCAUUUUCAAAUUUCUGUAUAAAUUCAGCAAAUUCUAUUUACUGCAAACAACAAAGAUAUUUAAAAAAAAUAAUAAUUUUUAUGAAUUUGCUGCAUACUCAUUCGCUGACCUCUAGCGUUAAUCAUGCUAAUGCAGAAGAAUUAGCCAUGGCAGUAGACUGGGACCAAGCUGCUGGUGCCCAGGACCCUCAUUGUGUAUCAUACCAUUCAAAAAACAGUUUUGUUUUUUGUUUUUGUUUUUUUUCCAUUGAAUAGUGUAAUGAACGGACUCCAGACACCCUAACCAACUGGUUAUUGUGCCUUGAGUGUCCAUUUUAAGAUGCUUAAUUUCAUUAGUGGUGAAUCAUACAGGGAGCAUAUAAUAGUUUGGGCCAUUGCACUAUGUUUGAUGUAUUGUGUUCUAUCUUUGUAGGAAUGAUUGCCAAUAGUAGAAUGGCAGUGCUGUAUCCUCAGGUUAUCAUUGAUCAUCCAUUCUUCUUCCUCAUUAGAUAUCGAAAAACUGGUGAGUUGAAUAUUUGCUUAUUAUCCUGCAACAAACUUUUUCACCUAAAGUACAAGUCUGUUUGUGCAAUAUGAAUUUAUUUAUAUUGGCACUUUAUUUUUAUAAUAUAUUGCCUAUUAUCUCUCUGAAAGAUUUUGCACACAAAGUAAACUUUAUAAAAAGAAGGUUGGUGAUCCAGAUGCAUUCUAAUCUAUUCUCUCCUUCUGUUUUAGGCUCCAUCUUGUUCAUGGGAAGAGUUAUGCACCCUGAGCCCCUAAAUUCUAUUGGCCAUGACUUCGAAGAGCUCUAAACCUUAUCACACACAAAAAUAAAAAAAAAAGCACAUUGUUCACUAAUAUACUUGAUGUUUUGUGCAGAUGUUUUUUCCCAUUGCCGUUUAGAAUUCUUCCAGGAUUGUGUGUUUUAAACGGUUAAGUCACACAGGCACUAUACCCAAAGUAUUCUUUCUAUUGCUAUGUUUUGUGAUUCUUGUGAAGGCUGCCAAAUAAAGUUGUAUACGUGUGAAGAUAUAUUUACAUAACAUAUAUUUUUGUUAUAUAGUGUGUUGUUGUGAGAUUGUCCUGUAAAUGUCUAAAAUUAAAACCAAUUGAAAGGUUCCAAACUGUUCUUCAUGGUGUUGUGCAAUAAAACUUGGUGUUUCGAAAGUA